AACUUACAACUAAAAGCGAUCUUGCCUUAAGAUUAUAACCUCGAGGCAAGAUCACUUUUAUAGUUAAUAAGUUAACACCGUCCCACCCCAUCAGCACUACGACUCUUGCCACGUCGUAAUGGCAAUGCUCAACAAGGACAUUUCCUACAAACUAUUAAAAUCUGUCGUGAGUCGUGCCAAUUCGAUCGCGCCCUCAAGAUGCCGUCAAGCACAAAGAGCCAUGUUCAAUGCCGGGACCACCACCAACUUCCCACCGGUUGCCAACAAAAACAACGUUACCAACGCCACCGAAAAUGGCGGUGACAAGAUAUUCGAUUUUGAUGACACCAAGGCGUUGUUUGCGUCCGUUUCAACACCAAAGUUGUUGCAUUCGGCCACAAUCUUGAACUUUUCCGCGGUCGAGUCAAUGGUGGAUUUGAGCAUUUGGUUGAUGAACUCGAAGUUGAUGGAUUAUGCGUUGUUCCGGAAGGCGGUGUUGGGUGGUGUUAAAUAUACGGCAUAUGAUCAUUUUGUGGCGGGUGGUGAUACGGUUGAAACGGGUAAAACCGUUUUGAAGUUGUGGAAUUCCGGGUUGAGAGGGAUGUUGGAUUAUGGGUUGGAGCAUGCAAAUGAUAACGAAUCUUGUGAUAAGGCUACUAAACAGUUGAUGAAAACUAUUGAUUCAACCCAAUCCCUUCCUCCUACUUCUGUAAGUUUUGUGGCCGUGAAGGUAACAGCAAUCUGCCCAGUUUAUUUGCUUAGGAGAGUGAGUGAUCAUCUUAGAUGGGAGUACAAGAAUUCAUCUUGCAAGCUGCCAUGGAAGCAACAAACUUUGCCAAUAUUUUCCGAAACAAGUCCUUUUUAUCAUACAUUACAACAACCGGCCCCUUUGACUGCUGACGAAGAAAAAGAUCUCGAAUUAUCUCAUCAAAGAUUAAUGACACUUUGUGAUAGAAGCUUUGAAAACAAUGUUCCAAUUGUUAUUGACGCCGAGGACACUUCCAUCCAACCUGCUAUCGAUUACUUGAACUAUUGGGCUUCCGUUAAGUACAACGAGUCCUCAAGACCCAUGGUUUAUGGUACCAUUCAAGCUUACUUGAAGGACUCUGGUGACAGGAUGGCUUUGACCAAGAAAGCAGCUGACAAAAUGGGUCUGCCUCUCGGGUUUAAGUUGGUACGUGGAGCUUAUAUGUCGAGUGAAAGGAAGUUGGCCCAUUCGCUUGGUGUUGAGUCCCCUAUUCAUGAGACUUUACUUGACUCACACAAUUGUUACAAUCGGUGUGCUUCAUUUAUGCUUGAUGAGGUUUCUGAUCGCCCUGGUGGACUCAUUCUUGCCACUCACAAUCUUGACUCGGGAAGCCUAGCUGCGCAAAAGGCACGUCAACAUGGUAUUACUAAAGAGAGUCAGAAGCUCGAGUUUGCUUCGCUCUAUGGAAUGGCAGAGGCAAUGACAUUUGGGUUGAGGAACGCUGGCUUUGGUGUUAGUAAAUAUCUGCCAUUUGGACCAGUUGACGAAAUCAUGCCUUAUCUUCUACGACGAGCAGAAGAGAACAAAGGCUUGCUGUCUUCUUCAAAUCUUGACAGGGAACUCAUGGUGAAAGAAUUGAAGAGGAGAGUGAAAACAUGUUUUGGCUAAGGUGCAAAUGAAAAUGAGAACAACCAAGUCGAUCAAAUCAGGAACUAAAUC